AAGUCAUCGAGAGCGCGCAGUACGCAACCUGCGUCGUAUAGAACAUCACAAAUCCCAACACAGCUAUAUGCCUAUCGUCAUCGUAAAAUCACCGAUUUACGAAAUUGCCUCGGAAAUUCUCUGCAGAAAAAAUCUAGGGGUUUUGAUCUGUUUUGGUUGGCGAUUGGGAGCUGGAGUAGGGUUUCGAGCGAUUUCUGAGGCCGAUCAAUGAAAGGGGAAGUGCAGCUGGAGCCAACAGGUGAAGGGGAGCGAGACAGAGACCCUACUGACAUCGAGCCUCUGCUACCGAACCAGGACGAUUCGUCGCCGGCAAGCUCGAGUGAGAUCAACAACGAAGACCUUGAGUCUGGCUCUAUCCCUUGCUGUCGCAUUUGUCUCGAAAGCGAUGCCGAACCAGAGGAUGAAUUGAUUUCACCCUGCAUGUGCAAAGGCACCCAGCAGUUUGUUCAUAGGUCCUGUCUCGAUCACUGGCGCUCCGUUAAAGAAGGAUUUGCUUUCUCACACUGCACAACUUGCAAAGCUCAAUUUCACCUUCGAGUUGAAACAUAUGAGGACAAUGCCUGGCGCAAAAUAAAAUUCCAAGUUUUUGUGGCGAGGGAUGUUUUCCUCGUGUUUUUGGCUGUACAAUCAGUUAUAGCUGCAAUUGGUGGCUUUGCAUAUGUCAUGGACAAAGAUGGGGCCUUCAGGAAUUCAUUUAGUGAUGGUUGGGAUCGUAUCUUGUCAAAACAUCCUAUACCAUUUUAUUAUUGUAUAGGGGUACUGGCCUUCUUUGUGCUGCUUGGAUUUUUCGGGCUCAUACUACACUGUUCAUCACUCAAUGGCAAUGACCCACAGAUGGCUGGCUGCCAGAACUGUUGCUACGGUUGGGGAAUCUUGGAUUGUUUCCCAGCAUCUAUGGAGGCUUGCUUUGCCCUGGUUAUCGUGUUUGUUGUCAUCUUUGCCAUUCUUGGCAUAGCUUAUGGUUUCCUUGCCGCUACUAUGGCUAUUCAGAGGAUCUGGCAGAGACAUUAUCACAUCCUGACCAAGAGGGAACUCACAAAGGAGUAUAUAGUGGAGGAUCUUCACGGAUGCUAUACCCCACCGAAACUAGAUCCCGAACAUGAAGCGCGCCUGAAAAUGCUGAAGUUGUUGUAGAGAUGGAAAUAAAUUUCAGGAUAUGAAAUCCGCUGUGUAUUUGCACUUUGUAACUUCUUGAAGGACUCUGUGACUGCAGAGGAGAAGGAAUAGUCUCAUUCUCCACAGAAUUCAUUAAAUUGUAAACCCUGAUCCUGGAAAGAUCCAACAAAUGUUGGGGGAUUACCAUUUGUGCGGUACUUUUGGUACUCUCAAGACUCGUGAUUUUUGCUUUGCUCCGUGAUUGUACCAGUUGAGCUAUUCUUCGA